CGCACAAUGCCUGUCGCACCAUUCUUGCUCUGCUGCUUGACGGUGGUCCUGGCGGCCAGCCCUCCGCCGCCAGCCGUGUCGCCAGCGGGUGGCUCUCCGCCCGCAGCGAAGCCGGCCGCGGCCUCCGCACAGGCUGAAGCAAUUCCAACCUCUGAGCCAUCCGAAAAAGAUGUUGCGAACGCGAGUGAUGCUUCUCCGAAGAAGAGAGCACGGCAAAAGAAGGACAAUGAGACCAGCAGAAGCGUCGGCGGCGGCGGUGCCGGAAGCAAAGCGGCGAAGAGCAAGAGCAACAGCCACACCUCCAAGGCCAAGAAACGCUCUGCUGCUCCCUCCUCCCCCUCCUCCAAACAACGCACUUGGGUUAAGAAGCACCAGACCUUGAUUGCUAUUAUUCUCAUCGGCCCUGCCUGCGCUGUGCUUCUCUUUUACUUCAUUCAGAGGGCUCGAGCGCAGUCGGCUUCAAACCAGCCAAAGGCCGAGAAAUUGCCUAGCGACAACCUCGCGCCCGCGGCCGACUCUGAACCCGAGGGGCCUGACUCGCCGCGCCCGGACCCUUACGCCUCGGCCUUUGGCAUGCAGUCGGACUCGCCUCCUUCAUAGCCGCAAAGCACCACGAAUCAAGGCUUUCUCGAGCGGUGUUGCGGCUGAGGGUGGAGACGAGUCCAUCGCGGCCUCCUACACCCCACACGUGCCACGGCGGCACUCUGUAGCGCAGUGCAUACACAGAUUACCGCCCACGACUCGCUCGUCGCCACACCUGUGCGCAGAGUUGCAGUUGUGUGCAUGGCCGCAUAUGUGCGCGGGUGUGUAUGUGUGUGUAUGUCGUCGUCCGUCGACCUGGGCGCCGCGCUUGCCAUACAGUGUCUCAGUGUGGCCAGCGCGAGCAGGUGUACCCCAGCGGGCAGCACGGCCGGCGGUGGUACACCCAUCUUGCGCGGGCGUGCUGCGCCAUACUCGAGUAUGCCAUUGCCAAAAUUCAAUGCCAUUGCU